GAGACUUGAGGGACAAAACAUUGGCUUGGGUUAUGUUUGGUGCAAUGAAAAUGGUACCCACGGCUUCAAACUUUAGUCUUUAGACUGAGACUUGAGACUGAACAUUGAUCCUUCUUAGUACCCACGGCUUUGAAAUCAGUUAGACAGACAUAUGGAUCAUGUUUGGUUUCUUGUUUUGGUCUUUAGACAACAGUUACCCACGACUUUAAAAAUGACAAGCAAGAUUAUGAUUGAAGUCUGUAAGUCUUGUUAUGUUAAAAGAUUGGAUAAUUGAAUCUGAUCGUCUAUAUAAUGUUGGUUCGGCAGCAUUACUUCAAGUCUCUGCAUAGAACUGCCUUCAUUAAGGCGUUUCUAGUUCAAUGAUCUGCUCUAAAAUCCGAGGAUCUGCACAUUGAUGGAGAAUAAAUGUUCUUAAAUAGAACUCAAUGAUCUGCUUAAUGAUGGGAGACUUUAUGAAUAAUGUAGCUAAUCCUUGUGCCUAGCUCUUGAAGCUCUUCCUAUUAGCGAAGGUACAUUCUUGUGCAACGCUUGAUAGGUCGAGGCUCGAGCAAAGCACGAAAGAGGAAGAUAGAGAUGACGCACCAAAGGCACAUCAUUAUACAUCUCACUAAGAUAUGAUAUUCAAUAAUGCUGGCUGGGCAGCCCGAAAUAUCAAUCAAGCUGUGAUUAUUAUCACUGUAAGUCUUGUCAAAUUAUGUUCUAUAUAUUGCUGGCUGGGCAGCAUGAAAUAUUUUAUGCAAGCAUCAUUUUAAUUGAAAUAUGUAAGUCUUGUGUAAUUAUGUAAGCCAAGCAAAUUUUGAUUGAAGUCUGUAAGACUUGUCAAGUUAUGUAAGACAAGCAAGAUGUAAUUAACAUCUGUAAGACUUGCGUAAUUAUGUUCAAAGAUUGGAUAAAUAAAUCUAAUCGUCUAUUUAUUGCUGGCUGGGCAGCAUAACUUCAAGUUUCUGCACAAAACUGCCUUCAUUAAGGCAUUUCUAAUGAUUUCGUAAGAAGGAGAAAUUCAAUGAUAUGAUAAGACUUGUCUAAUGAUGUCCGAAUGGGGAAUUCUCUUGCAUGGAUGGAGGAAUAAGCAAGCAAGCUGUGAUUAACACUGUAAGACUUGUCACAGUUCUAUAUAUUGCUAGUUAAUCCUCUCUGCCUAGCUCUUGAAGCUCUUCCUGUUAACGAAGGCACAUCAUUGUGCAAUGCUUGAUGGGUCGAGGCUCGAGCAAGGCGAGAAAAGGAGAGAGAGAUGAGGCACCAAACAAGACCAAGAAAAUGGAGAACCAUAAAGAAGGCAUUGUGUACAUGAGUAAGAUAGGCAUGAUUGGAGCUUUUGGGGUGUGCGUCGUCUUCAACACUCCUAUUUCCAAGUGGAUCAAUUUUUCCUUUAUAAACCAAACCUCAAUUAAGCACCCACGUCUUUAGAGCACACUGAUACAAAUAUACACAUAACACGAAUACAUACACUAAACGUAAACAUACACACAAACGUAACUUUUGUGCUCACACUAAUACAAACAUAAAUGCAUAACACGAACACAUACUCUAAAUGCAAUUGUUUAUAUUGUAUGAUGAAUGAGUGCUAAACAGAAGUUUAUGAAACUACUUACUAAGGUUUAUAGUUUAUAUAAGAAGUUUUUUCAUUGAACUGUUAAAGAAGUUCAUUUCGUUUGAGGAGCGUUGCAACACUCAGCUUGCAGCCCUUACCGCAAGUUGCUCCAAAAUCACGUCAACUCAUAAUACUUAUGCCGACCGAGUUGACACUCUACUCCAGGGACUUUGCGAACCUCAAGAUCAAGAGGGCGUUUAGAGUUUUACGACCCUAUCCACCCGAACCCUCUGAGUUUCUCAAACUACUGCAAGGUCUCAGGUCCCAAAGUGUAACCGGAGGAAGUUAUCAGCAGCCACCAACUGCUCAAAUACUUCUGUAGGCCUCAACUACUUCU